AUGAAAGCAAUUGUAAUCGGUGCAACUGGCCAAAUUGGACGUCAACUAGUCAGUGCGCUUCUACGGUGCCCACAGUUGAAGGAGUCGCGCGUCUCUGCGAUCGUUAGAAACCUCCCGGAGGAUCCACAGUCUUUCUUUGAUGCGACUGAUGAAUCUAUUUCUCGACUUUCUUUACGAGUAGUAUCUGAUUUCAACACUUUUGAUUUCUCAACCAUCUUUGAUUGUCCAGACAAGUUUACGCAUGCAUUCAGCACACUUGGCACAACUUUGAAACAAUCACCCAACGCUGCGGAUUAUUAUCGUGUUGAUCAUGACUUUCCCGUGAAAUUUGCCUCCGCAGCGCGUGCUGGGGGUGUUCCUUUUUUUGGCAUCGUCACUUCGAUGAAUUCUUGCUCCUCUUCAUCAUUUGCAUAUCUCAAACUUAAAGGAGAUGUUGAAAAAGACGUGAUAGCCCUGGAUUUCCCGUCCUUAGUGAUUUUGAGACCGGGAUUCCUUUUCGCUGAAAAGCUCAGAGAUACUGCUCCAUGGUUUGAAGCCCUGACACACAAGCUUUUUUAUCCAGUUGUGGAGUUUUUCUUUCCGAUGAAAUAUACCGUUCAUAUUGAAGACGCAGCUAAGACAAUGCUUUAUUCGGCGAUUCAGGCGACCCCUGGAUUGAAAAUUAUAGAAAACAAGGAGAUUGUUCAGAUGGCGCUAGCCAGCGACCAGGCCUUGGCCGAAAAUAAAAUCUAG